AUGGCUGUCGUUGUCCACUCCGGUUCAGGCCUGAAUCGCGGGCACUACAUCAGCCUCGUUAAGUCCAACGGCAUCUGGCUCCUUUUCGAUGACGAAUUUGUCGAUGUGAGUUCAGCGCGCAUAUGACUACUAUUUUGACUUCGGUAGCGUGGUUUGUAUUCCCUUAAGUUUGGUCGGUUCAACCACUGCAUCUCUUCCCACUGCAGAAAAUUGAUCCUUCCACCAUUCGUGAUUUCUUCGGUACAACCUCUGAGGCCUCGAAAACUUCCGACUCGGCCUACAUUCUCUUCUACCAAGCCUGCGAUGCCACUGCCGCGUCAUGUUCCGAAACGGAACUCUCAUCAACUCCUAGGUGA